GACACUUAGCAGUUCCUGCUAUGGUCAUUUCCGGUAAGGGAGUUUUUCCAUCAAAACAAAUGUUAGCUCGUCGUUGAAAUAUUUUGUAACUUUGAAUGAGUUUCACUUUAUUGGACUCCUAGAAGUUUUGCAGUUUCUUAUCUCCAAACCGUAUCUUAGCAACCAAUCCAUGGAGACGCCGGUUUCGGGCCCAGCAGAUGGAGAGGAGCGUUUGGUGGAGCUGCGACCUCGGACACGCUCCAACCCUGAAGGUGCUGAGGACCGUCGGAGCAGCACGGGCAGCCUUGGAGGAAACAGUAACCCAAACAUAUCUCAGCCUGCUGUGGGGAGUCGUGUUGAGGGCGAGGGCGAAGCUUCAACCAGCGACAGUGCUCCCAGUUCCACCACCACAACUGUCUCAGCCGCUGCAGCUCAGACUGUAGCCCCUGUUGCAGUAGUAGCUGCAUCCAGUGCCACAGUGCCACUUUCCACUGCUCCUGUUGCUGCCAAAGAGAGGCCAAAGCCCACGCAGCAACAGCCCACACUGACAACCCCCAUCCCUCCACCAGCAGAGUACCAGCUCAGAGUUCCCCGUGUCAACUGUCCAGAGAAAGUGAUAAUCUGUUUAGACCUUUCCGAAGAGAUGUCAUUGCCAAAGUUGGAGUCUUUUAACGGGUCUAAAACAAAUGCCCUGAACAUAUCCCAGAAAAUGAUUGAGAUGUUUGUCAGAACUAAACACAAGAUUGACAAACGGCAUGAGUUUGCACUUGUAGUAGUCAAUGAUGACGCUCUCUGGUUGUCAGGCUUCACCUCUGACCCCAGGGAGCUCUGCAGCUGUCUGUAUGAUCUUGAGACCAAUGUGUGCGAGUCCUUCAACCUUGAAGAUCUUCUCAAUGUAAUUCGUCAGAAGAUCGAGCUGCCGUCGAUGGACAAUGUUCAGACCAUCCCUCCUCCAUAUGUGGUGCGGACUGUGCUCAUCUACAGCCGUACUGCAGGACAGCUUCAGUUCAACCCUUCAGAGGCUGUUGGUAAAAUGCUGCAAUCUCCAUAUUUUUUCUUUGAUGUUGUCUACCUACACAAUGGGGUGGAGGAGCAGGGAGAUGAUACCAGCUGGAGGGACAACUACACCUCUUUCUGCAACCUGGACUCAAAGGGCAUGUGCUAUCGCUUUGAGGUUUCCCUGAGUGGACCCGCCAUCGAGCUGCACAACUGCAUGGCCAAACUUCUGGCUCACCCUUUACAAAGACCUUUUCAGAGCCACGCGUCUUACAGCCUUCUGGAGGGGGAAGACCCCCAGGACAUUGAGGCAACGGUGUAAAAAAGGCACACUUAUAAAGCCUUGUUUCUCCGUGAAAUUCACACUCUGUAGUUUAUUAGAAAGGGGCAAGGGUUUUCCAAGUACACCUUAUUACUGAGGGGUUUUCCAUCUACUGCUAUGAAGCAAUCAUUUUUAAGAAUAUUUGGGAAAACCAUGUGUAGUUGUAAAGAAACAAGAAGGUUUAAGCAGGUUACUACUAACUGAAUCAUUGUGUUUCCAUAAAAGAAUGAGUGAGUCAUUGAUUGUUCUAAGCUUUCCUGAUGUUGUUAGCUGUAAAACUGCUGGAGGUCUCCUGGGGGCUGAGGUGAUGUCAGAGAAUCCAGGAGCAGGACACAAGUGGGAGGAGAAGAUUGAGAAAGAAUAAGAAAAGGAAGAUGGUCAAAGCAUCAGGCUAUGUUAAAGUCACUCCCUCCCCAUUUGAAAUUUCUUUCAAAUCUUAGACCACACUGAUCUGUUUCUAAGUCUUAAAGGGGGAAUCAGUGCAAGCACGUGACAGUUUUUGAUAGCCGGCCUUUUGAGACAAACUGCAAUAUAAAGCACUGUAUCACAGAGUUCACUUCUGUAUUUUUGCUUUCCCUUUUUGUUGGUAAUUUCCACCUUUUGUUCCCUGUUUUAAUGUAUUUUCUAUUUUAUAAUGGGUUGUUUUUAAUCUUUUGUUCAUUUUUCACUCUUGUUUCACAGGCAAUGAAAGAUUGUACAGUAACAUGUAGAAGCCCUCCUUUGACAAUUAUAACUGUGGCAUUUGUGAAUUGAUUGUAGACAAAGGCCCCUCAUUAUGCCAGUCUAGGUGCACUUGAAACACAUUGUACAGAAAAGCUUUUUGAAGCCGGUUCUGGAUAUUAAAAAAGGCAUGUUGAAUCAUA